GGAGGCAAGUGCUGGAAGAUUUAACCCCGGAGCCACACUGGUGGGAGGCACGUGUGGGUGCCAGUGCGCGCGUAGGUCCCUGCAUGCCCAGCAGCCUCCACCUGCCCAGUGACCAUGAUAGUGUUUGUCAGGUUCAACUCCAGCCAUGGUUUCCCAGUGGAGGUCGAUUCCGACACCAGCAUCUUCCAGCUCAAGGAGGUGGUUGCUAAGCGACAGGGGGUUCCAGCUGACCAGUUGCGUGUGAUUUUCGCAGGGAAGGAGCUUCGGAAUGACUUGACAGUGCAGAGCUGUGACCUGGAUCAGCAGAGCAUCGUUCAUGUCGUGCUGAGACCCUGGCGCAAAGGCCAAGAAAGGGAGGCCACUGGACAGGACGGCCCAGGAACUGCCGUGGAGGGCUCGGAGAAAGAGCCUGAGAGCUUGACGCGCGUGGACCUCAGCAGCUCCAUCCUCCCGGCCCGCUCGGUGGGUCUGGCUGUGAUCCUGAACAGCGACUAUGCGGGGACCCUGCCAACUGGAAGGCCAGCAGGUCAAGGAACCUACAACAGCUUUUAUGUUUAUUGCAAAGGCCCCUGUCAAAGAGUACAGCCAGGAAAACUCCGGGUGCAGUGCAGCACCUGCCAGCAGGCGACGCUCACCUUGGCCCAGGGUCCAUCUUGCUGGGACGAUGUCUUAAUCCCAAACCGAAUGACCGGUGAAUGCCAAUCUGCAAACUGCCCUGGGACUACAGCCGAAUUUUUCUUUAAAUGAGCACACCCAACCUCUGACAAGGAAACGUCAGUAGCUUUGAACCUGAUUACGACAAACAGUCGAGACAUCACCUGCAUAACGUGUACCGACGUCAGGAGCUCUGUCCUGGUUUUUCAGUGCAACCACCGCCACGUGAUUUGCUUAGACUGUUUCUACUUAUACUGUGUGACAAGACUUAAUGACCGGCAGUUUAUCCAUGACCCUCAGCUUGGCUACUCUCUGCCUUGUGUGGCUGGCUGCCCCAACUCCUUGAUUAAAGAGCUCCAUCACUUCAGGAUUCUUGGAGAAGAGCAGUAUAACCGGUACCAGCAAUAUGGCGCUGAAGAGUGUGUGCUACAGAUGGGGGGUGUGCUGUGCCCCAGCCCUGGCUGUGGAGCAGGGCUGCUUCCCGAGCCAGGCGUGAGGAAGGUCACUUGUGAAGGGGGCAGCAGUCUGGGCUGUGGGUUUGUCUUCUGCCGGGACUGUAAGGAAGCGUACCAUGAAGGUGAAUGCGGCACCCUAUUUGAAGCCUCAGGAGCAGUUACUCAGGCUUACAGAGUUGAUGAGAAGGCCGCGGAGCAAGCUCGGUGGGAAGAGGCCUCCAAAGAAACAAUCAAGAAAACCACCAAGCCCUGUCCCCGUUGCCAUGUGCCUGUUGAAAAAAAUGGAGGAUGCAUGCACAUGAAGUGCCCACAGCCGCAGUGCGGGCUGGAGUGGUGCUGGACCUGCAGCUGUGAGUGGAACCGCGCCUGCAUGGGAGACCACUGGUUCGAUGUGUAGCCUCAGCCCCGCGAGCGGGCGCCCCCUGCCGUCCAACUUGGAAACGUACAAAGGGUCCUGCCAUUCCCUGCUCUUUCUCCAAACUCCCUCUCUCUCUCCCUCCCUCUCUCUCUCUCUCUCUCUCUCUCUUUCCCUUUCUCUCUCACGCAUGCACACGCACACACACACACAGACACAGCACCCCUCAAGCUCCUUCCAAAACCACUAAAACAAAGUUACAGGAGAAGCUCCUGGGAUCCCUUUCUUUGUGCCCUCGAAAAACAACAAGAAGUAUUCUCGGGCCUCAGCAAUACACAGACCGCGGGGCACAGAGGAAGGUGCGUCCGCGUUUUGUAAGGAUUGUCAUUCUCGCAGGAAUUCAAGUCACACUGGGUUUAAGUACGCAGAGAGAGAUUUCUCAGGUUUAAUUUCCUGCAUUGUACCUUCAGCAAAGAUUGGGAAGAAGCCGUUGGUGAGGAAAUAGUUCGGAGGGACUAUUGUCAGUGGUUCUCUAUAAGACGGCCGACAGUGGGUUCUGGGAACUAUAUUCUCGGCUUUAAGAGCAAUGCUCUUACUUAAAUUUUCAGAGAGCAUCUAUUCCCAAAGAACCACAGGCAAUAGUCAAACUCGGUGUUUAUCCCUAAGAAUUCUACCUUUAUAUAUUGCAUGGAUGGAAUAUCAACUAUGCAUAAAUCAGCUUGUCAACUAGUGAGAAAUUAUGAAAGUUAAUUUGAAUGUUGAAUGUUGCCAUUAUAGGAAAGAAAUCAAAACUUCCUGUACUUUUCCUUCCAUUUAAUUAUUUGAGACCUUAGGAAGAAAUUGUUUUUCUGAGAACAUUAUGAAGUCUUUAAUUUGAUUUUAAACAUUCACUUUGCAGCUUGGGGAAUAAGCUAGUACAUUUGGCUUCACUGUAAAUUUAAUGGGGAAGGUGCCUGUAGAGGAGACAUUUUUAGAAAUGGUUUUAUAAUGAUUCUCAAUGUUAAUAAAAGUGCAGGGUGUUAAGGCAGAAAUCUUUAAAGAAGGAGCAUUUCUAGGGAUAACAAAACAGAACCAAGACCAAUUCUGUACCAGGAAGGUUUAUGCUCCUUCUGCACCUGCUCGGUCCCCCAAGCCGCAUGCUCCAGGGGCUCAGACCCCCGAAUGGAUUACUCCAAGGGGAGCUCUUCUCUAGGACAGUAGAGUCACACCAGAAGAUUUCCUCAUGUUGACCGGGAUCUAAAUGGAGUGUUUAUCAAGUUUUCAAUUUUUUUUUUUUGAGGCAUUCACAACACAUCAAAAAGAGAUGUGUUUACACCAAAUGCGGCAGACCUCAUUUCCUAUAGCACAGUGUACAGAUGAAAAAGUAUGACCACCGUCUUUGGUUCUCAUUAUCUGUCUUCUCAGGGCUUUUCUUUAUAGACAUAGCACCAGAAAUCCUUGCCGGAGGAGAGAGGGAAUGACCUCAGAAUAUUUCCCAAGGACAUCUGUCCCUCUGUCCCUACCUAUCUUCCCAGGGACCAUCCUGCCUGAUCACCCUUUUUUUCCCCCCUCAGAGGCCGGUCCUGGGACAAGAUGGGGUGUGGCAACCACAGUGGCAUUAAUCAGCCUCAUUUGGCUUCGCUCUCUCAGAAAAUCCAACCUCCCCAACAUGAUCCCAAAGCUGCCAGACUCAUGUCACGAAGCCUUAACGAUCAUGGCGAGGGAACGGAGAGCCAAGUAUCUGUAAACGUGAGAAAAAGGAAGGUCGCUAGGCAUGAGCCCACAUGUCCCAGGGGCUGGUAUCAGUGAGGGCACGUUACUGACAAUCCCCGCAAGUAGCUUCUCACACUGACCCAGCAGGACAAAUCAGACGGCUCCCUCUGUCAUGUGGAGCACCCGGCAUUUUAUAGCCACUAUAGUUCUUGGGUUUAGUGAUGCUGUCCUGACUGCUUCCCUCCAAAUCUGUGUGCUGUGUUGUGUGUGCGAAGCCGGAACAGGGUUUGCUGUCAUGGGUUCAGGCACGGUAGAAGUUUCUAGGGCUUUGCUCCUUUCUUUUGGUGGUGGUCUUUUUUUUUUUUUCCUCCAGAAUAGAAUACUGAGACAAGUUAACAGGAAAAAACAGCCUCUGUAAAGGAAUGGGAAAUCACAAACCACUAUAAAAGAACAUGCUUGAACAUGAAAUGUGUAACUGAAUGUGAAUAUAUCAAAAGCAUAGAAAUAAAAUCUUUGCAGAAGAAUCUUUAUUUUUCUCUGAAGCGUGUAAAGGAAUAUUUGACAACUAUGUCUAAGGUUGUACUCAAAUUAUCAAUAA